UCUCUUUCUCCACUCUUCACAUGAAAUAAACAUUUGAAGUGUUCAGACAACAUUUACUUAUUUUGUCAAAUAAAAGGAGAUCAUGUUUAUACACCUCAAAGUAUCACAUGUGUAGCUGGCAUGCAAGUCAAAGAAAUAGACCAGAAAAAGAGACUUUCCCAUAAGGCAACGCAGUGAAUCAUGUGAUAUUUUAGACCAAUUGCAGACCGAUAGUAGGAUACAGCUUGGCCAAUGAGCUGCUUUGUUUUCUCCACUAAUGGCUUCUUUUGUUCACGUCAACCUGCUAAAAUUCAGCGAAGCCUCAAACAUACAGAAAGUCAAUGUGCCAGUCCUACGCAAUCACUCCAUACACACACAGUCAAAGGUCACACUUCAGCACAUGUCAGCUUAUCUGCUUCACAGCUUCCGUUUGAGCAAACAGGGCAGUGAUUGGCUCUGUGUUUUAUCUGCUCCUCCUCUGCUGACCUACGCCCUGGGGCUCAUUGUUCACUCACUACAUCCUGUCACUGCUCUGUGUCGCUGUGUUCAUAACUCAAGGCUUUCAUAUGGCAUAGUUAUUAACUAACAUCAUUACCUGUCAAAAUGCAAAAUACCACUGUAGUCCAAAAAUGUCAUCACAUGUGAAAAGCGUUGCUGGAGUGUGAAGGAACGUCCUGUGAGUAUAUAGAGACGAUCUGUCCACUGACCACCAUGGUGUCCUUGAGCAAGGCCCUUAACCCCUACCGCUCCAUGGAGCUGCUCAGAGGCCAGCAGAUCAGACUGGUGUCACUGGGCAGCUUCUGUGUGUGAAUGAGUGUGACUGAGUGAAUGUGAGCAGGGUGCUCCUGCAAAAGAGAAGCUUCCUCUCAGUGAAACUAACCUGAAUAGAAACAGAGAAAGGUUCUCCUGAUCCUGACACGCCACUGUCCCUGAUCAUCUUUAAUGUCACUAAUACUGCACAUGCUGCUGGAGACGCUGUCUGUAUUUGGACUUUGAAGCACCUGACCCCUUGCCCUUUGACCUGGCACUUGAGGUCAGAGCAGCUGGAUUAUUAAGAGUUGUGUAAAAAGCAUCUUCCUUGUUUUGUCCUUCCCACCCAUUCCUCAGAGAUCUGCAGCCAGACACAAUGGACACGCUUGCAGUACACGUGAUGUGAAGCUGAUAGCUGUUUAGUCUGUUUAUCAUGUUGUGAGAUGGGGGGUCUCUUCUUCUCUGGUAUCUCAAACUAUGUGUGUGUGUGUGUGUGUGUGUGUGUGUGUGUGUGUGUGUGUGUGUGUCAUUUUUAUGUUAGCAUCACAUGUACCACAGCCACACACAUCAUGCACUCUGUGUGACCUACAUCUGCCACCCUGCACCACAACGGCUGAGCUCGCUCAGGCAUGACACACACACACACACACACACACACACACACUAGCCUCUUUUACACAGAGAUUCUGCUAUACUGCUGUAAAGAGGAUCUGCCGUUAUGCCGCCUUUGCUUCUUUACAGUGAACAAACAACGUGGGCAUAAUGCUGGCUUUCUCUUUUACACAGACAUAGACUUGGUCUCUGACGGCCUCUGCUUAACAGCAUUAGGUGUUCAUUCUUUUUACACAGAAUCAGGGCUUUAGUUAUCACAGCCUGAGAUGCUCUUGAACACUCAAAUGAUUGUCAGAGAUUUGCAAAUAAAUGAGGAUGGAUUCAUUUUAAGCUUCAAAAGUUAAGUCCAGUCCAGUAGGUCUGGGUCUUUAACAUUUCCAAUACUUGUGCCGCUAUGAUACAAGAGUGUCAGUGGCAGUACCAAACACUAGAACUAUGUCUGACACACAUCAGCAUGGUGCACACCAGUGUGAGUUACACAUCCAUCAACAUGAAACCCUUUGCCCAGCUCUUGUCUGGAACACUACACUUUUUCAGCUAUAAUGUUUGUAGAGAUGAUUGUUGAUGAUGAUUGCUUUUAUGUAAUAAAUAUACGUCGUUUGACUAAUUGAUGGACUAUAUCUAAAGAAACUGGAAACAACUUUAGAUACCACGCAGAGAGAAUUGAGUUUGUUGCUCUCCAACACAGUCUGUAGCGGUUACAUCUGUGAGUAUCCAGUACAGAGUUAGGUCUGGCUCAUGUUUAGUCUAGUUUAGAACAAAGGCUGGAGGGAGACUGAAACUGCUUGUCUCGCUCCGUCUGAAUCUAUUUCAUUUACUUAGAGAACCUUGUUUGUUUAGCACGUGUAGAAAAAUAAAUUACAAAACCAACAGGUGUGGUUAAGGAACUGUUAGAGUUCUCUUUUGAUCAACCACCUGUAGGCUGUCAUGUCAGCAGUCCUCAUGGUGGAUGGCCGGGUUUGAGUCUAGCUCACCACAUGUGUGUCUGAACAUCGACUAUUUGUCUUUCCUUGUGGAACCAGCUGCUGGGGACUAUGAUGGUGUGUCGUACUAACCAGUGGCAAUCAGUCAGUUCAAGGGCUCACCCUCAAUCCUGUCAACACGGGAAUCCCCCUGGUAGGAGAAAUGAUUUGUGAGUGUGUGUGUGUGUGUGUGUGUGUGGGCGGGGGGGGGCGCUGUCACCAUCUGCGGAGCUCCUGACAGCAGAGAACAUUCGAGUACAUUUUCCUGGGUGCAUUACUGGAAUGUCACAUGCCAUUGAGGAAAUGUACAUGGGAAGUGAUCCUUUGUUAAGUCCCACCCCUUGAGCGCAGCCUGACCAAUCAUAGCGCAGCUUCAGCGAGCUCUGCUCCAUAGGUCAGGUGGGUCAGUGGUUUUGGAGCUCGUAUAUGUUGAGUAAUAGUGGUACUCAAAGAGGUUGAAGGAGAUAUACGUUCCUAAAACGUUACAGUUCUACAAAAAAACCUGUCGAGCUAACAUUAGCAGAGUACAUUAGCACAUCAUUAACUAGCAUAAACAUGGAUAUAUCCAGGAUGUCAGGGAUGGACAAAUGUUUAUGAUUGUGGGCCAUAAAUACAACAAUACAAGCAUUAGGGGCAAAACAAUACUGUCGUUUUCAACCAGUUACACUGCAAGAAAAUCUGUGUGCCAUGGAAAAUUGUCAAUUAAAAUAACAAAUCAACACUAUACUCAACAGUUGGAUGCUGGACAUUACAGUUAGUUUACUGUACCUACUUAAAUAUUAUGAUUUGAUGUGUAAUUAUGUAAAUAAAUCAACUUAAGGCAGGCAGAAAUGACCAUUCUGACCGUUCUGUUCAUGGCCUCGAGCCCAUUUAGAAGAUUACAUUGCAAAUGUAGGUGUAAGAUAUACAUCUGUCUGAUAUGAAGAUGUAAGGAACAUAACAGGCAGGAAUGGUAAAAUUCUGGUGGAGUGUUUAAACUAGGAUGUGCAAUGUACAUACAGUGAAAUUUAUUAGAAAUUGUAGUUUAUUCAAAAAAUUCACCUCAGGCCAUUUUAAAACGGGCAGCGGGCCACACCCCCCUUCUGUCUGCUUCUUUCCGAAUUCGCUUUUCCCAAAAAUGAGAUCGAUUCGAUUAGUUCUGACUUCCAGAUGGAGCUAAUAGGAUACUAAAUAUUUCAGAACAGUUUCAGACCAUACGUGUGCUCCUCUCAGCUGAUCUGGCUUUACAUGACACACUUCCUUUCAUAGUACUUGUAGUCACUUUUGAAAACAGUGUUACAUCACUGCAUUUCUCUCCUCGCCCUUCUUACCCCACCCUCCUCUUUAAGCUACACUCUAUUUCCAAAGACAGCCCAGCCUGUACACCACCACUUCCUCCUGCUCCUCCUCCUCCUCACUGUCAGCUGGACUAAAGCUGUCACUACUUGCACUUUAUCUUCAUCACUGUGCUGUUCCUCCUUAGAAUAUCAUGGCAGCCUCUAGAAAAUAAUGGAGGCUUUGUGUGGCUGCAGGAAUCCAAAAAGCAUGUGGAGCUUUUCCUGCUCCUUUGGCUCCAUCUAGUGGUCCAAAAGCAGAGGUGGUGGGGAACGAAUACAAGAGACCUGCUGCCUGAUCCGUGUGCUUGUGUGGUGGAUGGUCUACGUGUGAAAGCUUUGCUUUAGUACAGACAGAAUGAGAAAAUCUCACCGUGUUGCUUAUGUGAGAAAAACUAAAGUCCCGAGUUGUAUUCUUAGACUUCACUUAUUCAACCCCAACUUGUAUGAAUAUUAUCUAUAUGUAUUACAUUCAUAUAGAUUCCCAACUAAUCUGAGUACAUUCGUUUCCCUCUUCAUGUUUUGGGAAGAGGUGGACGUGUAAAGGACAAAAGAAUUGUGCUUCAAGCCAACGUAGACUUUUUCAUUGUUUAACCAAAACACUGACCCAGUCCUCACCUUAACAUAACCCAACAACGUUAAUGCUUUAAACGCUAGGAGAAGACGCUUCAAUAUAUCGACAGUGACAUUUUGACUGGUGCAUUCAGUGUGACGGGUAAGCCUUUUGCAAAGGGUUUAACAAACACAAGGUCCAGGUGCUUGUGUUUCCAUCUUGUGGAAGCAUGUGAAGUAAAUCUUGCAUUUGAACAUUUAGCAUGCUAAAUGCUAACUGCAGAACAUAUCAUGUACACACAUGUGACACCUACAUGUAUACACAGUGAUAACUAGUUAGACUGUAAUUUAGAUGUGACAGGGUUUACUUAUUAGAACAUCUUUGCUGUUGGAAUGAGACAGGUGGUACGUCUGUUUGAGAAACAAUUAAAGCUCCUUUCAACUUUUUGGAAAGACCCCACACUGUCAAAGUCUUAAAACUACCAGUUCUCAGUCCAUGAAUACUUUAUUCCAUUUGUUGUUACAUCCUCCAAGUAUCCAUCUUGUGGUGGCUUUGUAAUAACAACUGGAAAACAUUGUGAUGCUACAUCUCCCAGUCUCUCUGUCGUAUGUGUGAGAGGAUUUGAGGAAGACAGGUUGGAGGUCGUCUCCAAUCCAGGAAUUCAGUGCUGAAGGGUUCAUGGAUCUGUGGUGGGAAUCAGCACAAGGGUUUAGAAAACUAAAUAACAUAAAAAAACAACUUCAUUGUAAAGUCAACAUGACUUGCUGGAUUCAUUUCUGAGGGAUCUGUGAAGAACAAGACAGCAGCUGCACUACUGCUAUGUGUAUAUCAGAUUCGAGAGUGGACACGUUAACUGAUAACACUAAGAUUCAGUACCACAGAAAACACACUACAAAGAAUUUAGUUUGCUUACUGUAAUACAGCGUUUAUUCUUUAAUGUCACAUUGUCGUUAUUAAACUGAUGUAUAAAUGCAUAGUAUCUUAGUUACCUAAAAGAUAAGGUGACUAAAAAUGGCCUCCAUAUUUACAGUGUGCGCGACUAAAAGCCGAUGUCUGGUGGUCAGCGUGGCAACAACCACAUAAAGAGUUAGUUUUGAACCUGGUCAUACAUCUCUGUUCACUAACAUGACCAUGAACUUGACUGGGAGGUUUUCAUUCAACUCUAGUAGUGUUGAGAGUCAGCAUCUCAUUCAGUGCCGGCAAUGAGGGAAGCACAUGUUCCACUCUGCUUCUGCUUUUCUUUGCUCUAAUGGUUUCACACAGGAAGAUGAUGCAACUUCCAACACACUCAACCGUAGACAUGUAGAACGUUGGAGUCCUGUGUAUCUACUGAAACAGAGGGGACAGCAGAGAGAGCUGCUGAGACCGUUUGAGUUAGCUGUGAUGUACAGACAGCUGAGCUGCUGGACCACCUAAUGAUGCUUGGACAAAGUGUAAAGGUAUGUUCCCAGUAGAUACGACGGAGCAUCAUAACUAGCUUCUGCAGAUCUUCAGGAACAAGUGAACAAGUGCCACCAGACUCAUUUGUCUGUUAGCGUUAGCUAUCCAGCUAGCUGGCAGACUGUUGAGCUGCUGUGAUGCAUCUGACUGACAGAGAUCCAUAGUUAACAUUUGGAAAGCUGUAACAGUGGAGCCACCUGAUGGGGUUGCAUUUAGUUUCCCCUUGCUGUGGCUACCAUGAUGCAACUUGUUCUUAGACUGCAGUGUCUUGUGUAGAAAGCUCUGCUGUUGGUCCAGUCCUGCUGAGCCUCAUAACGGGUUCUUUGAGAGGAAUUCAGCUGCAGCAGCAUCAAAAAAGUCCGUCCCGAUACUUUCUUUGAGGAACUUCAUCAUUCUGCUCAAUCCAUCUUAACAAGACAGCCGUUUGAAAAGUGUAACCUCCUCAAGUGUCGGCUCAAAGUUAAUUCUAGACCACAUUUUAAAUUGGAGUUUAAAGUUUUGGUGCAACAAAAUGAAAUGUAAUUUAAGCUUAGAGGUCAAGUGUGCCGUUAAAAGAGAGGUUUGAAUUCAAGCUAGUUUUAAAGUUUAGUGCAAGAGAAUUUCAAGUUAAAGCAGUAUUUAAUGAAAUUAAUCGUCAAUAUUUGAAGACUGACUGUCUUAUGUUGUCCCUGUGUCUGCUGCUGAAACAAUUAGUCUACUCGUUCAUUAUUUAUUAAAUGUUUGCUAUUAUAGAUUAUAUGUAUUGAUAAAACAAUGUUGCCAUUGUUUUCAUGAUGAGCUUUAAUGAGCUAUUGUUAGAAACAAGUACUAAAACCUGUAUUUAUUCACGUUUCUCACCAAAAAUACAUUUUUACAAGAUUACAUUUGAACACAUCAUGAUAAUGUGAUAAUUUACUUUCAUCCAAUACUCAUUUUUACCGGAUGGAGCUUGAACUAAUGUAACUAAAUGGAAGCGUACAUUAUAAUAACAGCUGUUGCUGUCAACAUUCCUAACGUCAGCUCUCCUCCUUCACAAUGUAUCAUCAGUAUCUGUUCUGUGUCGCCAGUAUUCAUCAUAUUACCGUAUUAUCUCAAUAAAAUGGACCAAUGAAACUAAUGAAUACGUGACACAAAACGGCAAGUGAUUAUUGUGAAAAAUGUACUUGGCUGGUGGAUUAUUUCAUCUGCCAGUCCACUUAGACGUUGAGUCAACAAGUUCAUUUUGAACAGUGACUCCAUAUCUAAACAAACUCCAGUGUAGCACUAUUGUGUCAGAUGGGCCCCUGAAAUAGCCUGAAUGCACUAUGUCAUGAGUCCUAUAUUUUGUAUUGGUGACCUACAACAGUUACACUGACGGACCCUGAGCUACGUUUCCUUCCACACACACACACACACACACACACACACACACACAGAAACGCACAUGGGCACACACAGGAGCAGCUGAGACGACAGCAACUGCAGCAGUAUGUGUGGCUGCUGAUUGGACCGUGGAGGUGCUGGGGGGGUUCAUGGAGAGGCUCCUAUUUUUACCCCAGAUCAACACCCUCGUAUCACAACAGCUGUCCCCACGUCUCUGGUCUGUCCGCCGUCAGGAAUAGCCGGCCUAUCGGAGCCUCCCCCUCUCCUCGGCUCUGCUGUUUCACUUUCCACUGUGCCUCCAGCCACUUGCUCGGAUCUCCUCGACUCUGGCCAUUUGUUUCUAUUUUAACGGUGACUGUGGGAACUAUUUGGAUACAGGAGUUGUGGAAUUACUUCACUACCAGCUCCCCUCCACCUCCUCUUCCUUCUGCUCUCAUCUCAUCCAUCACAGCCCAUGACAGCAGACCAGCCAACAUGGCAUUCUCAUCUCGCUUUUCCUUCUGGGAGCAAAAGGUCAAAGAAGAUAACAUCCCAGGAAGCAGAAGUUCAGACAGUGAAGGGCUGCCCAGCCGGUCCAGGUCAGUGUCAGCUCUAGACCCUGGCAAGGGGUUAUUCCAAGCAACAAGUCCCCCAUCAGUUUCCCCCAUGAAGUCGGUAGCCCGGGUCAGAAGUCCCUCCCCACCAAAAGUCAGGACACUUGUUAAAGUGCCUGAACGCUUCAAAAGCCCUGAACCAGCGUCAAAGGCGGCUGAGCAAUUUAGGAGCCCUGAACCACCACAAGCUCCUCUGAGCCCAGAGCCAGCUAUGAACAGUGAGCGACAGCAAAAUAGCAUAAUGGGCAAAAGUGUGGUCAAUAGUACAGCCAGGGGUGAUGUCAAACGUUCAGGCACCAGCACCAGCCAGACGGAUACUACAGAGGACAAGGGUCUGACACGGAAGAAAGUAGUAAAGGUGGUUCGCCGUGUAGUCAGGAAGGUCCUGCCCACAGAAGAAGAAGAGACUACCAUGCCAACACAACCCUCACACAAAGCUCCUGCUGCCGAAGCAGUGCUAGCCCCAGCUUCAGUAUCUAAGGCCCCCACGAUGUCAGGGUUCUCUUUCAAACAUGACGUCAUCAAAACGGAAGACAAAGACGACAUUUCGCGAGGAUUGACACACCUCAUGGUCAGAGGCAGGACCAGGGAGCCUCGCCCCAGAGUAUGGAAAGAUGAACGACCAGAAAAAAUAGAGUUGGAGAAGAAUAAUGAGAAGACAGUAGGAAAAGUUGCUGAGUCGGAGGAGAAGAAAGAGGAUAAAACCACCCUUAAGCCGCACAAGAUCAAUCACAAACCUAUGAGCGCUAGUCAAGGUAUACAGGAGGCCAAACCUGCCGUGGUUGCUGUAAACCCCACCAGCACAUCUUCUGAGCACUCCUCUCCAAAGUCAUCCAAAUCGACUCAUUCCAGAUCCACAUCUCUCCCACCAGUUGUUGGCUUUAUCCCAGUUCCCAAGCCCUCACCCUUGUCUCCACCUCCUGGCUUCAUACCUGCACCCAAACCAACUGCUGUCAAAAAACCCACCCCUACAAAUCCUCCUUCUGCUGCCCCAGUGGCCCAAAAGAAUCCCUCCCUCACUCCUCCAUCACGUUUCAUCCCAGCUCCUCAAACCUCUCCACUUGCAACUCCCCGUCCCAAUCCCAGUGUAGUGGCUCCCCCUCGAGGAGUAAUUCCCAUUCAACAAACUGCCGUCAGUCAACAAGAGGAGGAACCGCUCAGUCCCACCGAGGAGGCUCAGAGGCGCCUGAUGAGGAUCUUCAGUGCCCCUCUGGAGCUGCCAGUCACUAUUUCGUCUUCUGCCCACGCCCCCACCCCUGCUGCCCCGCUGUCCCAGGGCCUCCUCCAGGUACCGCAGCCCUCCAGCCUUCCUCUGGGCCUCCUGGCUGGAGUUUGUGCUCGUGUGACUUGUCAGAGUGGAUCAGUGGACGAGGACCCUGUGGCCCUCCUUCAGACCUCUCAUGCUGCAGCUCAGCAAUCCCAGGUGAAGACAGAAGAGCAGAUCACAGCGGAGCAAGUCUGGUAUGGAUCAGAGAAAGUCUGGCUUGUGCACAAAAAUGGCUUCUCCCUGGCCACCUUAGUGAAGACAGAGGCUGGCUCCCUGCCAGAGGGCAAGGUGAAGGUCAAACUGGAGCAUGAUGGGACAAUACUGGAAGUGGACGAAGACGACGUAGAAAAGGCCAACCCUCCGUCUUGCAACCGAUCAGAGGACCUGGCUUCACUGCUCUAUCUGAAUGAAUCCAGUGUGAUGCACUGCCUGAGGCAGCGCUAUGGAGGCAACCUCAUCCACACCUACGCUGGAACCAAUAUGGUGGUCAUCAACCCACUAAGCACACCCUCCAUGUACUCUGAGAAGGUGAUGCACAUGUUCAAAGGCUGCCGGCGUGAGGACUCUGCACCUCACAUCUACUCUGUGGCCCAGUCCGCCUACCGCAACCUGCUCACCACCCGGCAGGAUCAGUCCAUCGUGCUGCUGGGCAAGUCCGGUAGCGGCAAGACCACCAACUGCCAGCACCUGGUCCAGUACCUGGUCUCCAUCGCCGGCAGCACAGGCAAAAUCUUCUCUGCUGAGAAGUGGCAGGCGGUCUACACCAUCCUGGAGGCUUUUGGCAACAGCUCCACCUCUAUGAACACCAACGCCAGCCGCUUCUCCCACGUAGUGUCCCUGGACUUUGACCAGGCUGGGCAGGUGGCCUCCGCCUCCAUCCAGACGAUGCUGCUGGAGAAACUGAGGGUGAGCAAACGACCCGAGGCAGAGUCCACCUUCAACGUCUUUUACUACAUGAUGGCCGGAGCCGACAGCAGCCUGAGAACGGAGCUGCACUUUAACCACCUGGCUGAGAACAGUGCUUUUGGGAUCCUACCACAGUCUAAGCCUGAAGACAAGCAGCGAGCCUCGCAGCAGUUCACCAAGCUGCAGGCAGCCAUGAAGGUGCUGGGCAUCUCUGGUGAGGAGCAGAAGGCCCUGUGGCUCAUCCUGGGGGCCGUUUACCACUUGGGGGCCGCAGGAGCCACUAAAGACGGAGAUGAAGCGGGUCGGAGGCAGUUUGCCCGUCACGAAUGGGCCCAGAAGGCGGCCUACCUGCUGGGCUGCACCCUGGAGGAGCUGUCCUCUUCUAUCUUUAAGCACCAGGCUAAAGGACUGCAGCACUCCACUUCCUUCAGAGGAGGACCGGACGAGGCCGGCCAAGGGGACAGCUCAGGCUCUAAGGUCACAGCUCUGGAGUGUUUGGAGGCCAUGGCAUCCGGACUCUACUCGGAGCUCUUCACUCUUGUCAUCUCCCUAAUUAACAGGGCUCUGAAGUCCAGUCAGCACUCUCUGUGCUCCCUGCUGAUCGUGGACACUCCGGGUUUCCAGAACCCUCGGCUGGCUCAGCAGCAGCGGGGAGCCACGUUUGAGGAGCUCUGCCACAACUACACCCAGGAGAGGCUGCAAACCCUGUUCCAUGAACGCACCUUCGUCCAGGAGCUGGAGAGAUACAAGGAGGAAAACAUAGAGCUUGCUUUAGAUGACAUAGAGUCCAGUACCUCACUGUCUGUAGCAGCUAUUGACCACGCCUCAAGCCAAGCUCUGGUCCGGACUCUGGCCAGGACGGAUGAGGCUCGAGGCCUCCUGUGGCUGAUGGAGGAGGAGGCUGUUCAGCCUGGAGGAUCAGAGGAAACCAUGCUGGAGAGACUCUUCAGCUACUACGGCUCUGCACAGGGAGAGAACAAAGGAGCCGGUCUGCUGCUGCGAGGAGAGAAGCCCCACCUCUUCCUGUUGGGCCACAGCCACGGGACAGACUGGGUGGAGUACAACGCUCAGGGCUGGUUGAGCCACGCCAAGCACAACCCUGCCGCCCAGAACGCUGCCACUCUGCUGCAGGACUCCCAGAAGAAGAACAUCAGUGGGCUGUUUAUGGGCCGGGCUAGCGGGGCCACGGUGUUGUCCGGCUCCAUCGCUGGUCUGGAGGGCAGCUCCCAGCUUGCCCUGCGACGAGCCACCAGCAUGAGGAAGACCUUCACCACAGGCGUGGCCGCCGUCAAGAAGAAGAGCCUGUGUAUCCAGGUCAAACUCCAGGUGGAUGCUCUCAUUGAUAUGGUGCGUCGUUCCAGGGUUCACUUCGUCCACUGCCUGCUGCCCAAAGCAGAGGCAGUGGGUGGUGGAGGUGAGCCCCGUGUGACGCAUGGAGAGAGCCCGGACUCGGGCCUCAUGACUUUGGACGUGAGCCUCCUGAGAGCUCAGCUCCGAGGCUCCAAACUGCUGGAUGCACUACGCAUCUACAGGCAAGGGUACCCAGACCACAUGGUGUUUUCUGAGUUCCGCAGGCGCUUUGAUGUCCUGGCACCACAUCUGACCAAGAAGCAUGGCCGCCACUACAUUGUCACAGAUGAGAAGAGGGCAGUGGAGGAGCUGCUGGAGUCCUUGGAGCUGGAGAAGAGCAGCUACCACAUGGGGCUGAGCAGGGUGUUCUUCAGAGCGGGGACUCUGUCCAGACUGGAGGAGCAGCGAGACGUUCAGACCAGGAGGAACAUUUCUCUGUUCCAGGCUGCCUGCAGGGGAUACCUGUCCAGACAGGCCUUCAAGAAGAGGAAGAUCCAGGAUCUGGCCAUCCGCUGCAUCCAGAAGAACAUAAAGAAGAAUCGUGGUGUCAAAGGCUGGCCAUGGUGGAAGCUCUUCACCACCGUCAGACCUCUGAUAGAGGUGCAGCUCACUGAGGAACAGAUCCGGGGCAAGGACGAAGAGAUCCAGCAGCUGAAGCAGAAGCUGGAGAAGGUGGAGAAAGAGAGGAACGAGCUGAGACUCAGCAGCGACCGCCUUGAGAGCCGGAUCACAGAGCUGUCAUCAGAGCUGGCUGAUGAGCGUAACACCGGGGAGUCAGCCUCCCAGAUGCUGGAGACGGAAACUUCUGAGAGGCUCCGCCUGGAGAAGGACAUGAAGGACCUGCAGGCCAAGUUUGACAACAUGAAUAAACAGAUGGAGUCCAUGGAGAUGGAGGUGAUGGAGGCCCGGCUCAUCAGAGCGUCUGAACUCAAUGGAGAGAUGGACGAUGACGACACAGGAGGAGAGUGGAGGCUGAAGUAUGAACGAGCCAUCAGGGAGAUUGAAUUCACCAAGAAGAGGCUGCAGCAGGAGUCUGAUGACAAGCUGGAGGUGGAGCAGCAGAACAAACGGCAGCUGGAGAGGAGGAUCAGCGACAUGCAGGCCGAUAACGAGGAGUCCCAGAGAAACAUCCAGCAGCUGAAGAAGAAAACCCAGCGACUGACAGCUGAACUGCAGGACACCAAACUUCACCUGGAGGGCCAGCAGAGCCGCAACCACGACCUGGAGAAGAAGCAGAGGAAGUUCGACAGUGAGCUGAGUGGAGCCCAGGAGGAGGUGCAGAGGGAGAGGAGUCUGAGGGAGAAACUGGCCCGAGAGAAAGACGUGCAGGCCGGAGACGCCUUCAGCCUCCGACAGCAGCUGGAGGACAAGGACCUGGAGGUGUGUGCAGUCAACCUGAAGCUGGAGCAGCUGGAGGCCGAGCUGCAGGACCUCAACUCCCAGGAAUCCAAGGAUGAAGCAUCGCUGUCCAAGGUGAGGAAGCAACUUCGGGACAUGGAGGCCAAGCUGAAGGAUCAGGAGGAGGAGCUGGACGAGCAGGCCGGCACCAUCCAGAUGUUGGAGCAGGCCAAGCUUCGUCUGGAGAUGGAGAUGGAGCGUCUACGUCACACUCAGUCCAAGGACAUCGAGAGCAAAGACGAUGAGGUGGAAGAGAUCAGACAGUCCUGCAGCAAGAAGCUGAAGCAAAUGGAAGUCCAGCUUGAAGAAGAGUACGAUGAGAAGCAGAAGGUGCUGAAAGAAAAGAGAGAGCUGGAGUCCAAGCUUCUGUCAGCACAGGACAAGGUGAGAAGUGGUGACAUGGAGACUGAAAAGCGUUUGAGGAAGGACCUGAAGAGAACCAAGGCCCUGCUGGCUGAUGCUCAGAUCAUGUUGGACCACAUAAAGAACAACGCGCCCAGCAAGAGGGAGAUCGCUCAGCUCAAAAACCAGCUGGAGGAAUCUGAGUUCACCUGCGCGGCUGCAGUUAAAGCUCGCAAGUCCAUGGAGGUGGAGAUUGAAGAUCUGCACGUUCAGAUGGAGGACAUCUCCAAAACAAAACAGGCGCUGGAGGAGCAGCUGAGUCGUCUGCAGAGAGAGAAGAAUGACCUGCAGUCCAGGAUGGAGGAGGACCAGGAGGACCUGAACGAGCUGAUGAAGAAGCACAAGGCUGCUGUGGCUCAGUCGGCCCAGAACCUGGCUCAGAUCAGUGACCUGCAGGCCCAGCUGGAGGAGGCCCUCAAGGAGAAGCAGGAGGUUCAGGAGAAGAUGCAAGCCCUCCAGAGCCAGCUGGAGUUCCAGGAGCAGUCCAUGGUGGAGAAAUCCCUCGUCAGCCGGCAGGAGGCCAAGAUCCGCGAGCUGGAGACCAAGCUAGAGUUUGAGAAGACCCAGGUCAAACGCCUGGAGACCCUUGUAGCUCGUCUUAAGGAGAACUUGGAGAAGCUGACAGAGGAACGGGACCAACGCAGCAGUAGCGAGAAUCGAGAGAAGGAGCAGAACAAACGUCAGCAGAGACAGAUCCGUGACGUCAAAGAGGAGAUGGGUGAACUGGCCAAAAAGGAAGCCGAGGCCAGCCGCAAAAAACACGAACUGGAAAUGGACAUUGAGAGCUUAGAGGCUGCUAAUCAGAGCCUGCAAGCAGACCUCAAGCUGGCCUUCAAAAGGAUCGGUGACCUCCAGGCAGCCAUCGAGGACGAGAUGGAGAGUGACGACAAUGAAGACCUGAUCAACAGUUUGCAAGACAUGGUGACAAAGUAUCAGAAAAGACAGAACAGAGUUCAGGGGGAUUCAGACACAGACUCUGAGGUGGAGGAUCGUGUGGAUGGGGUGAAGUCCUGGUUGUCUAAAAGCAAAGGUUCCACCAAGAACCUGUCAGAUGAUGGCAGCCUCAAGAGCUCCAGCCCCCCUGGCCGGAGACACUACUGCUUCAAUAGAUCUGAUGAAGAGGAGGAGGAGGAAGAAAAAGAAGAAGGCGGGGCGACCCAGGGCUCUUUCUACUCUUGAUACAGACAUGGAAGCCAAAUAAAAGAGGACGACAGCGAGGACAGGCCUUAUGAGACCACGCUCUCUGAAAUGUGCCCUCAUUACUCCGUGACAGUUUGUCUUGCAUGCAAAGUUGACCACAAUUGUGGUGAGUUGGACACAACCACACAAUAACUCACAACCCUGCAGGAAAACAUGUUCCCAACACUCGGUUAGAGCUUCCUAUUGCAGAUCCUCACAGGAUUUGGUCAUAUUUGACAAACUAAAUGGUGUUUAGCCUCUCAUUAUUCACUUCACACACACGCAGCAGCUCUGUUAUUAACAACUCCACGUGCCGCUGGUUGCAUGCAAGCAGCAUUUGCUUGGCUUUGAGCAGCCGCCCUGUAUGGUUGUAACUGAGCCAAAGAACUUGGAGGUUGCAAUGAUGAUAUAUUCUUUCUGCCUCUCUUUGUCUGUAUCACUCUCCCGCUCUUCUCUACAUAUAGUACACCACAAUAAGUACUGCCAUAGUACAAUGUAUUGCCAAAAAGCCUUUGUUGAAGGGCGUGUGCACACUGCUUUACUUAUUGCCAAUUGAUGCUGAGUCCUGAGAAAGGUCCCAUCCUUAUUUCUUUCCUUUUUCCUGCUUCUUUCCAUUUCGGGACAAGUGCCAUUUGAUUUAAGUGGUCUCCUCUACAGCUGGCUCCUCUGCAGCUGUGGCAUUUCGUGAACUGCACUAAGGGCACGCUCAUCAUCUGUUCACUUUUUGUUUCCCUGAAAAGAUGUUCUUCUUUACAGUGGAGAGUGAUUGCAUCACUUACAUAACAGCAAAGCAUUUUUCUCCAUUUGAAUAUUUUGUUUUUGAUGUGCGAUAGAUUUGUUUCUGCAGAGGAUGGCCGUCGGGCAAAUUAAUUGCCAUGAGGUUUGAGCUUACCUCUGCAAAAGGCCUUGUUCUUCUUUUCAUUUGACUUGAUUUGACUAAGUUCUUGCCCAAAUUCUUUAGUGAGGAAGACACUUUGUCACGGCUUUGUCCUCCUUGUGCUUGUUGUUCACAUGUCGCCUGUGUUUGUUUUACGUUUGAUGUGCUUUCCUUUCCAGAGGGAAUGUACUUGACUUUGAGCAUCAGUCACAUGUAUGGUAUCUUCAACCAGCAUGUCCAAGGAAAAACUGGUGCUGUUCAAUAUUUCUCUUUUUGUCAGCCAAUCACAUGAAAGGACCAAACCCACCAGAGUUUUCUUGACCUUUGGGAAAAGUGUGUGUACGAAAUAUCCUAAGCUCAAAGGUCCACUUGAUAUGUUUUCAGGAGCUUUCACAUCUCUUGGUCUUCUUCAUAAAAUGAAGCUAGCGCAGUUGUUAGCCAAUCGGUUCAUACUGAAGACUACUAAGUCUUUAAAUAUGGCUGAUGGAUAUCUUAUUAGAUAUUUUUAAAAGUCACUUUUUUCCAUCCAUAGAGUAAAACCCAAAGCUUCUACACUUUACUUCUCUGAGGGUUUUGUGUCAUGAUUAUUUGCUUAGCACGGUUUGAUGCUAGCAACAUGAGCAUUAGCCUAGCUAGCAUGGAGAGCAUGUUAGCUAACAGAGAGCACUGACAAUUUAUCAUUGAAACAAAUCAUUAUGGAUUUUAUACCAGAUUCUUUUUCCCCAUGUACCACAUAUUUUGAAUAAAAGUGACUAUGAUAGCUUCUCAGCACCAUCGGGAGGAUUUGCUAUUGGUCAAUGAUGCAAAUUUAAAUGUCAAAAAUCUCCAAAGUUGAAUGCGAACUGUGCAGACAGAUCCUCUGAUUGGAGUGAUCUUGUUGACAUGAAUUGAUCUCUGCUUGGAUUCAUAUCUUUUCAUGGGUUAUGAUGAUAUUGUAAGAAAAGUGUAGAAUAUCACCAGCAUCUCCUUUAAAGCCUCAUUGUGAACUUUAACUGUAUCUUUGUCAACUGGACGCACUACAGCCUAUAUAACCAAUACUGUGAAAUCAUCUUCAAUGUCUUUGAGGCCUGUUUAUUUAUCAGGUUUCUUUUUUUUCAACCCAAUGAUGCCUCGAAACAGCAAGAAAAUAGGAAGCUGCAUUUUCAUGGUUGCUUAAGUGUCACACCCUCUGGUCAUCAUGUUUUUGAAAGCCAUUUAAAGUCCAGGAGAGCUUGACGUGGCAUUCAGGGCUGAAAACAAAGUGCAGACCUUCGUCAUUGUGGGAGUAGUUGGGUGUUAUUCUACUAUACAUGCUUUUUGUAGACUUGUGUCUUCAUCUUUAUUCUCUAUGCAGUCAACACAAGUGUGGAAAUGUGUUUUUUGACCUUAUUGACCCUGAUAACAGUGUCUUGCUUCAACAGAAUAAAAACAAAAGAGCAGGCGUAAUAUUGCUGACUGCACAACGUAUUUAUAUAUAAAUAUGUGAAUGAUUGAUGCUAGCUUUGAAAAUAGUUCAUGUUUAUUUUCAUUAUUGAACAAAUUGACCACUUGUUAUACAUUUUGCAUUACAGUUUAAUAUAUUGUAAAUAAAUGAUGGUGAUUGUUUGUAGACUGGA